AUGUCGUUUACUGUAGGUACAAGAUGUUGGUACCCAAGUAAAGAUCAUGGUUGGGUGGCCGCUGAAGUUGUAGAUGUAUCUCAUGCUAAUAACAUCUACUACCUUAAGUUGCAACUGGAAGGAUCAGAAGAAUUAGUAGAAAUAAAUACACAACAAUCACUGGCAGAACUGGAGAAAUUAUCUAGUAUAGAUGCUACAGCAGCAAAUGGUGUAUCAAAACCACCAGGAAAUGAAUUACCUCUAUUGAGAAAUCCAUCCAUACUUGAAAGUACUCAAGAUUUGACAUCACUUUCUUAUUUGAAUGAACCUGCUGUGCUACAUGCUAUUAAGAGUCGGUAUUCAAAAGGGAAUAUAUAUACUUACUCCGGUAUUGUAUUGAUUGCAGCUAAUCCAUUUGACAAUGUUGAUAAAUUGUACUCACAGGAAAUGAUAUCAAAAUAUGCAAACACUCAGAAUAGAGACCGAUUAGAACCUCAUAUCUUUGCCAUUGCAGGUGAAGCUUAUACACGUAUGAUUAAUGAUGGACAAAACCAAACUAUUGUCGUAAGUGGAGAAUCUGGUGCAGGGAAAACUGUAUCUGCUAAAUAUAUUAUGAGAUAUUUUGCUUCUAUUGAACCUCAGAUGUCGCACGAUGGAUCAGCUAGAGAACAAUCUAGAAUGACUGAAAUCGAAGAGAAAAUUUUGGCAACUAACCCUAUCCUUGAAGCAUUUGGUAACGCAAAGACCACCAGAAAUGAUAACUCUUCUAGAUUUGGGAAGUAUCUUGAGAUUAUGUUUAAUGAAGAAUCCAGGAUUGUAGGUGCUAGGAUUAGAACAUAUCUUUUAGAGAGAUCAAGAUUAGUAUUUCAACCAGAAUCUGAACGUAAUUAUCAUAUUUUUUACCAAAUGAUGGCAGGUCUUGAUUCUGAAACAAAAAAUAUAUGGCAAUUAUCUAAUGUUGAAGAUUUCCAUUACAUGAACCAAGGAUCUAAUGAGAGUAACUAUACCAUAAAGGGUAUAGAUGAUAAAGUAGAAUUUGAACGUACGAAAGAAGCCUUAAAAAAAAUUGGUAUAAGUGCUGAAAUGCAAACUGAUAUAUUUCAGAUACUGGCUGCUUUAUUACAUAUUGGUAAUAUUUGCAUCACAAAGACAAGAAAUGAUGCAACGUUAGCGUCAGAUGAAAAUAGUUUGAGUGUUGCUUGUCAACUACUAGGUAUCGACAAUGUAGGAUUUGCUAAAUGGAUUGUUAAGAAACAAAUUAAUACACGUUCAGAAAAGAUUGUAUCAAAUUUAAAUUUCUCGCAAGCAAUGGUGACUAAGGACUCUGUGGCCAAGUUUAUCUACGCUGCUUUAUUUGAUCUGAUUGUGCAUAAGAUAAAUGCCACAUUAGAAAAUGGGAACAAUGAUUCUGUUAAUGAGACUGUUAAAUCAUUUAUUGGUGUCUUAGAUAUCUAUGGUUUUGAACAUUUUGAGAGAAAUUCCUUUGAACAAUUUUGUAUCAAUUAUGCAAACGAGAAAUUGCAACAAGAAUUCAACCAACACGUGUUUAAAUUGGAACAAGAAGAAUAUGUUCGUGAAAAAAUUGAAUGGUCCUUCAUCGAUUUCAAUGACAACCAGCCUUGUAUAGAUUUAAUUGAAAAUAAACUUGGUAUCUUAUCCUUACUAGAUGAAGAAUCUAGAUUACCAGCUGGAUCUGACGAAACUUGGGCAGAAAAGUUAUACCAAUGUUUAGAUAAACCGCCUACCAAUUCUGUCUUUAACAAACCACGUUUCGGCCAAACUAAAUUUGUGGUUCGUCAUUAUGCUAAUGAUGUCACAUAUGAUGUGGAAGGCUUUAUAGAAAAAAACAGAGAUACCGUUCCGGAGGGACAAUUUGAAGUUUUACAGGCAACCACAAACAAAACUCUUAAGUUAAUUUUGGAUCACUUAGUCCAAAAACAAGAACAAAUGGCAGAACAAAGACAGGAAGAUGAUAAAAAACCAGGUGCUAUUUUCAGACGUACUACACAAAAGAAACCAACACUGGGGUCCAUGUUUAAGGCCUCUUUAGUAGAAUUGAUGAAGACAAUUGAAUCUACUAAUGUUCACUAUAUCAGAUGCAUCAAACCAAAUACAGAGAAGACGGCAUGGGAGUUUGACAACUUGUUAGUUCUUUCACAAUUAAGGGCAUGUGGUAUUCUAGAGACCAUUCGAAUCUCUUGUGCAGGUUUCCCAUCCAGAUGGACUUUUAUGGAAUUUAUUGAAAGAUUCUAUUUCCUUUCCCCUAUGGAGAAAUGGCGUCCUAUAAUGGGUAACGAAUCUGUUAGUAAUGAAAGUAAAAUUUCAUUUUCUAAAGAUCUACUAAACGAGUUGGUAGAUGAUGAGAUGAAAUACCAAGUUGGUACAACUAAAGUUUUCUUCAAGGCAGGAAUACUAGCUCAGUUGGAAAAUAUAAGAACCACAAAACUUGUCAAGGUAUGUACAGUCAUUCAAAAGAAUAUCAGAGGGUUGAACUGUAGAAGAGAAUAUUUGAGAACAAUUAGAUCGAUAAAAUCUGUCCAAGCUUAUUCAAGAGGUAGAGUGAUCCGUGAUUUUGUUGAUUUCGAAUUAAAAACCAGAGCUGCUAUCUUGAUACAAUCUAUCCUUAGAGGACGCACACAAUUUAAUUUUUUUGUCGAUGUUUUACGAAGUACUGUUAAAGUGCAAUCAUAUGUGAGACAAAAACUCGCUAAAUUAAGGGUUGAGCUUCUAAGAAGGGAACAGGCUAUCACGAAAAUCCAAAAAUUGAUUAGAUCAAAAAUGACACAAAGGUAUCACUUGGCAUUAAAGAAAAGUACGUUGACUAUACAAUGCCACAUAAGAAAAACUAUUGCACAAAAUAAAUUAAUUCUUUUAAGACAACAAUACAAUGCUACUAACUCUGAACAAUUAGAGAUAGAGAGGUCGUUUACCGAAUUAAUGGAAAAGAUCCAUUUUGCGUUGAAGCAAGAUAACGAAAUAAUUAACCUUCUAAGUGGAUACGAAAAGAACGGGUUGAAGGAUUUACUAAAUUCAGUCCCUGGUUAUGAACAAACUCAAGAAGCUUUAGCAUCAAAGAGCAACGAAUUAGAUUCCCGGGUCAUCAGAAUCCAGUCUUUAGUUUCAGGAUAUUCAAACUGGAAGGAUAAUUUAAUGCAAGAAAUCAAACAAUUUAAAAAACAAAGUGUCUCUAGUCUUGACAAUUCUAAUCUUAACAAACAACUAAAUGAAAUGACAAAAGAAAUUGAUGAUCUAAAGACAGUAUUAAUGAAAGGUAACACUACUGGAAAAACCACGAAGAAAGAAGUUAUCGGCUUAGGAAUUGCAUCUCCGAUUACCAAUUCACCAAAGAUUGGAUUUAAUGAAUUACAUGACUUAAGUACAAUGUUGAAUGACAUGAAUAUCAUUAAUCAAGAGAUCGGAAUUAUUCUUCGUAAUAUAGGUGAACUUGUGCGCGAAGAUGAACAAAUUUCAAAGUCACAUAUCUUGGCAAAUAUCACCAAUUCCGUUCUGGAAUCCUAUUUCAAAAUAGGAAAAUACAACGAUGCUAUUUCCUUUGUUAAAGAGAAUGUAAGUUCAAUAUUUGAAGUUUUCUCAACAUUUAGAAGGGAUGAUUUGGUAUCGCAUGGAAUGUUUUGGGUCUCUAAUAUCUAUCACAUUUACUUAAAUCUGACAUCCAUUAGACAAAAUGAAAAUGGUAACCGAGCACUGGCAAUUCACAAGAUAGAAACCGAGUACAAAACUCUAUUAUCUCAUUGUUUUGACACCUGGUUGAAGAGAGUUAUACAGGUGAUAGGCCAUCAAUAUAUGCUAUCCAGGGCUUUACUUGGUUCUCCAUCAGCAACUGUAAACCACGAUGAACGCAACGAUGGAAACGAAAACCUAACGAAGAUAAUUGAAUAUUUUGAAUACGUCUACCGAAAGGUCAAUUCUAGCGGUAUUCCUCAAGAAGUGGCUGAUAUAAUAAUUUCUAAUAUUUUAUCAUGUAUCGAUUCCACUUGUUGCAAUUAUCUUUUGAACAAAUUUCAUAACCUUUCUUGGAAAACUGGUGUAAGAAUUGACCAAAAUAUAGGUGCAAUUAUCGAGUGGGACGAAUCUCAUAGAAAUUCUAGUAUUGUUGGAUGUGGACAACUACCGCUAUUAAAACAAAUCUCCAAACUAUUGCAACUUAGAAUUUCUAAUGUGUAUGACAUUAACUUUGUUAUUGAAGUCUGCUAUUCAUUAAAUGUUACCCAAAUUCAUACUAUCUUAAAGAAAUACAAACCAACAGAGUACGAACCACCCAUGUCUUCUGACGUUUUGAAUUAUCUUUCUAACACCAUUAAGAAAAAUGGAAGGGCUAAGGAAACAAUAACCUUUUCUGAAGAUACAAAGGCAUUGCCGGACCCCUUUUGCGCAUCUAAUGGAUUAUCCCUUACAAGCACACCCCGGGCUGCGCACACCCUUUUUGAAGUUACAGACUUAGCUGAUGCAACUCCAAUUGUCCAUAAGAUUAUUACCAUGGCACAGUGA